UUCCGCUCUAGAUUGACGAGGACGUAGUGACGUCUGAGUCCUCCCGGCGCUUCCCGGGCAUGGGCGGGUCACGUGGUCUAGUUUUCGCGCGAAAACCGGUGGCAGCUGGUGCGGUGGAGCUAGCGCAGACAUGGCGGAGUCUUCUGAGUCUCUCUCAGCAUCUAGCCCUGCCCGUCAGCGGCGCCGGAUCAGUGAUCCCCUCACCUCCAGCCCAGGCCGCAGCUCCAGACGUGCUGACGCCCUGACCUCCAGCCCUGGCAGAGACCUCCCCCCAUUUGAAGAUGAGUCUGAGGGGCUGCUGGGCACAGAGGGGCCCAUGGAGGAAGAAGAGGAUGGAGAGGAACUCAUUGGUGAUGGCAUGGAGAGAGACUACCGUCCCAUUCCGGAGCUCGAUGUCUACGAGGCCGAGGGAUUGGCCCUGGAUGAUGAAGAUGUGGAGGAGCUGACAGCCAGUCAGAGAGAGGCAGCUGAGCGGACCAUGAGGCAGCGGGACCGUGAGGCUGGCAGAGGCCUGGGACGCAUGCGCCGGGGGCUGCUCUAUGACAGCAGCGAGGAAGAUGAGGAGCGGCCUGCCCGUAAGCGCCGCCACGUAGAACGCGCCACAGAGGAUGGCGAGGAGGAUGAAGAGAUGAUCGAGAGUAUUGAGAAUCUGGAGGACCUCAAGGGCCACUCGGUGCGCGAGUGGGUGAGCAUGGCAGGGCCCAGGCUGGAGAUCCACCACCGCUUCAAGAACUUCCUGCGCACCCACGUGGACAGCCAUGGCCACAACGUCUUCAAGGAGCGCAUCAGUGAUAUGUGCAAAGAGAACCGUGAGAGUUUGGUGGUAAAUUAUGAAGACCUGGCAGCCCGGGAGCACGUGUUGGCAUACUUCCUGCCGGAAGCACCGGCUGAGUUGCUGCAGAUCUUUGACGAGGCUGCCCUGGAGGUCGUGUUGGCCAUGUACCCUAAAUAUGACCGUAUCACCAACCACAUCCAUGUGCGCAUCUCCCACCUGCCUCUGGUGGAGGAGCUGCGUUCACUGAGGCAGUUGCACCUGAACCAGCUGAUCCGUACCAGUGGCGUGGUGACCAGCUGCACCGGAGUCCUGCCCCAGCUCAGCAUGGUCAAGUACAACUGUAGCAAGUGCAACUUUGUACUGGGGCCUUUCUGCCAGUCUCAGAAUCAGGAGGUGAAGCCUGGCUCCUGCCCUGAGUGCCAGUCUGCUGGGCCCUUUGAGAUCAACAUGGAGGAGACCAUCUAUCAGAACUACCAACGUAUCCGCAUCCAGGAGAGUCCCGGCAAGGUGGCGGCUGGCCGACUGCCCCGUUCCAAGGAUGCCAUUCUCCUCGCUGAUCUGGUGGACAGCUGCAAGCCAGGGGACGAGAUAGAGCUGACCGGCAUUUACCAUAAUAACUAUGACGGCUCGCUUAACACCGCCAACGGCUUUCCAGUCUUUGCCACUAUUAUCUUGGCCAACCAUGUUGCCAAGAAGGACAACAAAGUAGCUGUGGGGGAGCUCACCGAUGAGGACGUGAAGAUGAUCACCGGUCUCUCCAAGGAUCAGCAAAUUGGAGAGAAGAUCUUUGCCAGCAUUGCACCCUCCAUCUAUGGGCAUGAAGACAUCAAGAGAGGCCUGGCUCUGGCCCUGUUUGGAGGGGAGCCCAAGAACCCAGGUGGAAAGCACAAGGUUCGAGGUGACAUUAAUGUGCUCUUGUGUGGGGACCCUGGCACAGCAAAGUCCCAAUUCCUCAAAUACAUCGAGAAAGUGUCUAGCCGUGCCAUCUUCACCACUGGCCAGGGUGCGUCAGCAGUGGGUCUCACCGCGUACGUUCAGCGGCAUCCCGUCAGCAGAGAGUGGACCUUAGAGGCGGGAGCCCUGGUUCUGGCUGACCGGGGGGUGUGUCUCAUUGACGAGUUUGACAAGAUGAAUGACCAGGACAGGACCAGCAUCCACGAGGCCAUGGAACAGCAAAGCAUCUCCAUCUCCAAGGCUGGCAUCGUUACCUCGCUGCAAGCCCGCUGCACUGUCAUAGCUGCUGCCAACCCCAUAGGAGGCCGCUACGACCCUUCACUGACCUUCUCAGAGAAUGUAGACCUCACAGAGCCCAUCAUUUCCCGCUUUGAUGUCCUGUGUGUGGUGAGGGACACUGUUGAUCCAGUUCAGGAUGAGAUGCUGGCCCGCUUUGUGGUUGGCAGCCACGUCAGACACCACCCCAGUAACAAGAAGGAUGAAGGGUUGACUAAUGGUGGCACCUUGGAGCCAGCCAUGCCCAACACAUAUGGCGUGGAGCCCCUGCCUCAGGAGGUGCUGAAGAAGUAUAUCAUCUAUGCCAAGGAGAGGGUCCGCCCGAAGCUCAACCAGAUGGACCAGGAUAAAGUGGCCAGGAUGUACAGUGACCUGAGGAAGGAGUCCAUGGCAACGGGCAGCAUUCCCAUCACGGUGCGCCACAUCGAGUCCAUGAUCCGCAUGGCCGAGGCCCAUGCCCGCAUGCACCUGCGGGACUACGUGAUGGAAGACGAUGUCAACAUGGCCAUCCGAGUGAUGAUGGAGAGCUUCAUUGACACCCAGAAGUUCAGCGUCAUGCGGAGUAUGCGCAAGACUUUUGCCCGGUAUCUCUCCUUCCGGCGAGAUAACAAUGAUCUGCUGCUCUUCAUACUGAAGCAGUUGGUGGCUGAGCAGGUGACAUAUCAACGCAACCGCUUUGGGGCCCAGCAGGACACCAUUGAAAUACCUGAGAAGGAUCUGAUGGACAAGGCCAGGCAGAUCAAUAUUCACAACCUCUCUGCCUUCUACGACAGCGACCUCUUCAAAUUCAACAAGUUCAGCCGUGACCUGAAACGCAAACUGAUCCUACAGCAGUUCUGAGACCAGCACAGGGGCCUCUAUGUCUGAAUGAGGCUCGGUCACCACGCUGAGCCUACGUCACUUCCCACUUCCACUGGGGCUUGGUGCCCUGUAGGGGUGGGAGGAUGGCUUAAUGCAGACCUUUACCUGUGAGCCCCUAGGCCAAGGCUGUAGCAUUAAAUGACUAUUUAUUCUUCUGCCCCCCUCUAGAGCACUCUUCUUGGCCAGACCCUCUGUCCAAGGCUCAUUAGAAGGCUGGGGUUGUGUUCAGGUGACAGACUUUAUCAAAACUAUUGCUGUUUUGGCAUGAGUUGUGUUUCUGGACUGUUUUGUUUUCCCCUUUAGACAAAGAGCAACUUAGAAGUAUUUGCAAACUUUUCCAGAACAUUCUCAAAGCCUGUGAUGGAGGAGCACAAGACCCUGUCUGCUGAGGGCCCAUGCUCCUCUCAUGGGUUUCUUCCCACCUAGCCAGUGCCUUCAUUUGCUUGUUGUACAGUUUCUUGUAGUUUAUUUUUUAAUAGAUUUGAAUAAAACCUAAAUAGCGCUA